CUUACGCAGACACGCACGGCCCACCGGCGGGCGGGAGCGGAGCGGCGAGGUCAGCGGCGCCCCGCCCAUUCAGCCAGCAAGGUUGCGCGUGCCCAGAGCGACCGCCAAGAUGGUGGUGGGCGCGUUCCCCAUGGCGAAGCUGUUCUACUUGGGCAUCCGGCAGGUCAGCAAGCCGCUGGCCAACCGCAUCAAGGAGGCCGCCCGCCGCAGCGAGUUCUUCAAGACCUACAUCUGCCUGCCCCCAGCCCAGCUGUACCACUGGGUGGAGAUGCGGACCAAGAUGCGCAUCAUGGGCUUCCGGGGCACAGCCAUCAAGCCGCUGAAUGAAGAGGCAGCGGCAGAGCUGGGCGCUGAGCUGCUGGGCGAGGCCACCAUCUUCAUUGUGGGCGGAGGCUGCCUGGUUCUGGAGUACUGGCGCCACCAGACUCAACAGCGCAACAAGGAGGAGGAGCAGAAGGCAGCCUGGAAUGCACUGCAGGACGAGGUGGGCCGCCUGGCGCUGGCACUGGAGACGCUACAGGCUCAGGCACAGGCGAUGCCCUCUUUGAGUGCCCUGGAGGAGCUCCGAGCUGAGCUGCGGGAGGUGCGCGCCCAGGUCUGCAACAAGCACUCCACUCCCAAGUGCCAAGCAGCAUCUUCCAAGAAAUAGUUGGCUGCUGGGGCCCUUAACAUGGCCUGUCCUGCCCUGGCUCAGCAGAAGCCACCGGGACCUUGAUGCAACUGUGACCUGUGGUCACCCCUUACUGACAAAAUCCGGGCAUUUCCCCCAGGGAGCACAGCAGCAAAAGUGUUCAGAGCCCGCCAGCUGCUAACUCGGAGUACUCAGCCCCAACCAGGAACCACGUUGGAAUUUCAAGAUCUUGCCAGCCUCUCCCCACUGCUCUGGCAAAGGCAAAAAUGAAAACAGGCCUCCAACCUGAUCAGGACCUGGUUAGACAAGGUCACCUGCCGUCAUUGGAGAGCCUUCUUCCUUUGAUGGCUGAAGCCCUAGGGUCAGCAAAACCUCAGUUCUUGUGGAGGAAGCCUGCAACUGAUGCGCACAUUCUCUCUCCCAUCCUUGGUGCAGGCCCCUCCUGGCUGUCUCAGUUGCAGCCCCACUCCCCCUGUCCUCAGGGUCCUUGGACCUUGUUUGCACUGACACCAUAUUUCCUCCUGUCCUCCUUCAGUGGCAUUUCUCAGGCCAGUGGGUUAGAUGUCAUCCACACACGUCUGUCUGCCCCCUCCCCAAUUCUGGAGCCCUGGCUCUCCCCAGGCAUGACAUGUUACUAGGAAUGUGAUGCUGGACACAGAGUGACCUGUUCUCCAGCAAUUCUGGAAGCCAGCAGCGAAGGUCAGGAUGUUGGGGACUCCACUCCCUCUUCUGGUGUCAGGGCUCCAAGACUUGUGGACUCUGUCUUGUCUUCAUGUGGCCUUCCCUCCCUCUUCUGUCUUGGACACCUGCCUUGAAUACAAGGCCCACCCU